UCGCCAGGUGAGCCAACGGCAGUGCGCGGCGAUCACUCGGCAGCUCGGCUUACAAUUAUUAAUAUACCAUUUAUUUACUAAUAAAACAACGAUAUCAAAGUGUUAUCGGAUGUUUAUGGAUAUUCACGUGUUACUUGUUACAAAAGAAAAAAAAAAAAACUUUCAAUCGUCUGUGAUUUAUGGAAUUAACCUGGGAAUGAGAUAAAUGGUGCAUCAUUCGACGGCAACAAGUGGUGGGUGCUUGGAUUUUCGGUUAAGGUGUGCUCAUAACCUCGAUUAAUUAUUAGAAAUAUCGGUAGGAUUUUGGAUGUGAAAUGAGAGUGACGGGUUGAGGAAAUAUCGGAGUAACGGAUACGAUUGCCAGUGCCACCGACGGCAAGAGAUACACGGAUUUUUUUUGUGAUCGUUUUGUUUGUUUUUUUUUUUUCUUUAUUGAAUGAUUGUUAACUCUCGGUUCAUGAUUUGUUGGUUGUUCAGUGAGUGGGUGAUAACGUGGGGUUGACCGGGGCUUGGGGAGCGGUGCCUGGUGCCGAUCUGGAGAUCGGUUUCGAGGUUUUUUUUUUUUUUUUUUUUGAGGAAACCAAGGGAAGAUGCAGGUGAUCGGGGAAAAGGGCCCGACGCAUCUUGUCGCCCUUUAUGUCGCCACUGCUGGGCUUCAGGGCAAUGCACUUGGAAGUGAUGAGGAAGAAAUUAUUUUGAUGGUCUAUGUCCUCAUUGAUGCACUACAGAAUAAGGUUAUGGGUCAGCAACAGUACAUCGUUCAACCGUGGUCAAUGGCUCCAAAUGCGAAACAGACGGAAGACGAGAAUAAUUCGACAACAGCUGAGGGCAGUGGUGUCGUCAGUGAAACAGCUUUGGCACAUGCGCCUAGCUUAGAUGAGCAAGUCCUCAAGGAACAGGGGAUUCCCCUACAAACCGCUAUUCAACAGUUUGAAAGUUGGUGGUCAUCCCUGACGUGCGUAUCCGCCGGAAGUCCGCCUCGUUUCGUCGUCGAUGGUCAAGCACCCCUCCGGCAAUGCCUUCACCCAGAGUGUUACAAGAAGGAUCUCGAUUUACCAGAGCACUACAACGUGUUUCACGAUUUAAGAAAAGAAUUCACCUCGUGCUACUCGUCCCAAGGAGAGCUGGCGACCCUCAGCAUCCAGGAGAUGAUAGAAUAUUUUGGUAUUGCAGCUGAGGUUGAGAAUGAUUUUCACGUUAAGGAGGUUCAGGAUAUGAUCAAUGUUAUUCAGAGGAUGAUCAAGGACGGCCACGUAUUCCAGGAUCCCGAAGUUAUAAACCUGGUGUUGGAACCUGGGAUAUGCUCCAAGGAUGAAGAAGUAGACAAUAAUUGUGUAGUGAGAGCACGUGGGUUACCUUGGCAAUCCUCAGAUCAGGACAUUGCCAAGUUUUUCAGAGGACUGAAUGUUGCCAAGGGUGGCGUUGCUUUGUGUUUGAGCCCUAUGGGCAGACGUAACGGCGAGGCACUUGUACGUUUUGUUAAUAAAGAACACAGAGACAUGGCGUUGAAGAGGCAUAAGCAUCACAUUGGUCCGAGAUAUAUCGAGGUGUACAAAUCAUCUGGUGAGGAGUUUGUUCGUGUUGCUGGUGGUGCCAGUGGUGAGGCCCAUGCAUUUCUAUCUAGAGGAGCUCAAGUUAUCGUGAGAAUGCGGGGCCUUCCCUAUGAUUGCGUUGCCAAACAAGUUAUUGAAUUUUUCGCUGGUGGUCAAAAUCCCUGUCAGGUGCUGGACGCCGAAGACGGUGUAUUAUUCGUGAAAAAGCCAGAUGGCCGAGCAACGGGAGAUGCAUUCGUUUUAUUCGCUAAAGAGGAAGACGCUGAGAAAGCUCUGAGCAAGCAUCGUGACUGCAUUGGCGUCAGAUACAUUGAACUCUUCCGCAGUACAACAGCAGAAGUGCAACAGGUAUUGAAUAGAGCAAUUGAUGCUAAACCACAGCCUGAUAUUCCACCGAUGCUGCCUCUGCCACCACAACUGCUGCCACAGUAUGUCAUCACGUCGGGUACCAGAAAAGACUGUGUUAGAUUACGUGGACUGCCUUACGAGGCUCUCGUUGAACAUAUUCUUGAGUUCAUGGGUGAAUACGCUAAACAUAUCGUUUAUCGUGGAGUUCACAUGGUUUAUAAUGCCCAGGGCCAGCCGUCAGGUGAAGCCUUCAUCCAGAUGGACAGUGAGAAUUCGGCGUUCGCAUGUGCAUCCCAACGCCACCACCGCUACAUGAUCUUCGGUAAGAAGCAGCGUUACAUCGAGGUAUUCCAGUGCAGCGGUGACGACAUGCACUUGGUGUUGACUGGUACACCACCCCUGCCAGCAAAAUCGCUACUGUCAUCCGGUACGUUGAGCACACACACACCCCCGGCAAUAGCAGCGGCACCGACCGCCCAACCCCCCCAACUACCCGUCCAACAGCCCCAACAGGCCCCACUAUGGGAUAUACACGCAUUGGUACAGGCACAGGCUCAGGCACAAGCUGUACAAGCACAGGCACAGGCACAAGCAGCACAAGCUAUGAGAAAUCAAGACUUGUGGCUGAUGGCUAUUGCCAGUAAUCAAUCUAAUAAUCCAAGUAGCAAUGCUGCAUCAUCACCAGGUGGUCCAGCUGCUGUUACUACGAGUAAAGCACUGGCACUACCACCACCUGGUCAGCAUCAAAUAUCGACGUACACUAUGUCCCCACAUGCUGCAUUGCAUCAGCAACAGGCACAUGCACCAUUACUUUUUUUCAAUGUACCACAGAGAAUACCCAUUAUGCGAACACCCCAGCCACAUCCCACUAUAUUGCCACCAAUUAUGCAGCCACCACCAAUUAAUCAUCCGGCGCUUAUGGGAUUGAAACGGCCGUGGGAUAAUGCAUUCCCUGCUGAUGCUGUUGGCACUGUUCCCAAACGUCCUGCCUGGCAGGCACCACCUGCAUUCCAUACUCCUGGACCCACUGUUCCUGGAUUAUAUCCUGCUCAAUUUUAUCCACAGAUUUAGGGACUUCAAGGUCUCCGGUGAACCUGUCCUGUGGGCUCAAUGGAUACUUUAAAUUGUCUUUUAAAUCAUUUUCAAUCAAAUUAUAAUUCAAUUUGACGAUUUCAAAGUGUCCAUUUUGCUCCACUCUCCCUUGAUGAGCUGAGAAAUUAAUUGCGAAAGAUUUCCGAGAUGAGAGAUUUUCGGAGAGAAGUUACAAUUAUUUUUUUCUACAUCGGGCAAUUUGGGGGAAUAAUUGCCGAGUUUAUUUUUCCCACAAACAUUUAUUAUCGAGAUAAUUUGGUAUUUCCCACGCCGUGAAAAAUCGACUCGUUACAUUCCACCACUUGAUUGCUGAUGAAAGUAAUAGAUUUACGCACACUAGAUUAUUCCGUUAUUGUUUGCUUUCCUAUUGGAAAAAAAUCCCUCAAUAAAUUCAUCCCAUUGGUAAUGUACUUUUUACAUUACUCAAUCGAUCAUUGAAUUGGGAUUAUCGUGAUAAGUCAAUGUCCAGAGUUGACGCUAUGAAUUUUUUGCACAUUUUUUUUUAUACGCACACGUGUCUUAAUGAGAAUUUCUCAAUGAAAAAAAGUACUUAGAUCUUCCUGUCGAGACUUUACGUUCUAGACAAUAUCCGUGCGGUACUAUAAUUAUUCGGAAUUUCUACAUCUCUGAGACUUAAUUAAUGUUUAAUCUUUUACAAUCUAAAUGAGUUUGCAAUAUUUUGAAAAUUUAUUCCCUAGAUUAAGUUGCCUAUCAAGUGCCUUGAUAUAAGAAUAUUACGAGUUAUGUAAAUAAUCUAUUUUUCAACGAGACGAUAAUCAAGAGAAUCAAGAAAAUUUAUACGAAAAAUUUGAUAAUCAUGAGAGAGAGUCAGGGUGUAUAUUUUGAUAAAGACGUUUUUUUUUCAACGGAUUAUAGAAUAUUUCUAUUUAUUAGGAUUAUAAUUAAAAAUAUAACAGAUGCAGUAGUAAUGGGGUAAAUAGAUUUUAUUGACAGUCGAGUCUUAAUGAAGUUCUUAAUGAAUAUCUGUGAAUCCAAGAUAUUCUCAAGGGAAUCGACUGUUCCGGAGUGAUGUGGAUUAUUCUAUUUAUAAUUUUACUACUGAACAAUUCCACAAAUAUUUAAUGCCCACUUUCUGUCAUUCUCUCUUCCUUUCCGUUCGAUAUUAAGUUAAGAUGUCGACAGUAAAACCGUCCUGCAAUGCAUUAAUAUCAUUCGAACGUCCAGUGCUCUGGGGAAUACGAUAACUUUUUAUUGUGCAGCUAAAACGUGUUCCUUAUUAUUUCCGUUGCAUUCCUAUCGAUUUAUUUCAAUAGAAAGCUCAGUACGUCCCGUAAUUGCGUCUUGCAUUCCACCGUAAAUAUUAUUAUUAGAAAAUCAUCGAUAUGGAAAAGUGGGAAUAUGUCGACGAGUGAAGAAAGUCGGAAAAUAUUUUCUGUAGAGAAUCCAAUUUUCCGGGGAAAAUUUAUUCCCACAUUCUAAUCACUGGCUCUCAAGAUAUUCCACCAUCCUCUGCUUAAUCCUUUCAUAAUUAUCACUACCGAUCAUUAAGUGUCCAUUUGAUUGAAGGUGCAAUUACACUUGUCCCUUCAGCCUUGCCCAAAUGCCUGACUGCCCUCUUAUGUAAUUUCACUGAGUAAUGCGACAGUACAUUAAUUAAGAUUCCAUAUAAUAGAACAAUCUCACCUCGAAGCAGAGGAGAUCAGUUCCAAAUUUUUCCCAAUCAAACCAAAAGCCUGAACAAUCUUUUAAAGCUAGGAAAUUAAAAACUAAAUCCGUAUGGAACUUCCAGUUCCAGUUGUUGUCAUUUGCAUUUUCAUUUGUUCAUUGUUCUUCAGCUUCGAGGUAAGACACGAUCAAUUUUUUUUGCAUGGAGUGGUGUUUUGGAGAAUAAUGCAUUAUCAUUGUUAUUAUUAUUACCCUGAAUGUGAUGGGACAUCGAGUGACAUCUCGUUGUAAUCACUGGGCUUGUCAGAUUUCAUACAAAUACUAAACAAACGAUGAGUUUGCAGUUCUACGGAAAGAAAAAUCAAAUUUUUGUAUCGAAUUUUGAGUGGAAAGGGGUAUUUUCAUAACUAAAAGAGUAACAAAAUUGACUUUCUCUGGUAAUUUCACAGGGAUUAUUAAUAUUUUUCUCUAUUAAUUGAUUAAGUGUAUAAUCGACGAAUGCAAGUCUUCCAACUGUGAUGGGAAAAUUAUUAUAAUUGAAUUAUUGAGACACUAUUCAAGAUAUCCAGCGGAUCGAAGAGAUCUGUUGAUGAUUCAUCGAUUUUUUUUUUAUAUUGUGGCACAUUAGGUAUGCAAUGAGCUUUACCAAGAGCUAAAUGUCCAAAAUCUAUCCAACAAAGACGAUUAAUUAAAAACGUCCAAUUACUACUGAAGUAAUCAACACCGACUUUUUACAGUGGUGAUAGACAUUCUCUCAUUGUAUGCUUACGUAAUUUUUUUAUGUAAUUAAUAUAAAAAAAAUCGCAGUAUACUGUUGGCUUUCGCUGGAUUGUCUGAGUCUUCAUCUCGUGAUGUUUUUUUUAUUGAGAGACAGAAAAUGAAAGGGAUGAGAGAAGAAUAUUCACCAAAUUAAUGGACUCCAUUGAAAAUUAGUGAGCAUUGAGCAGUGAAAUAAAUUGCCUGAUUUAUUUGAAUUUGUAAUUGUUGCAGUAAAUUCAUAUGUGAAUUAAUAGAUUUUAUUUUUUAAUGGAGUCUCAUAAAUAAUCAAUUUCUGGUCUCUAUGGCACACGAGGGAGAAGCUAGUGGAAGAAUACUGUAGAAUUUCGAGUUGUUAUUCAUUCACCUGGUGUCGUUGAUGGCUAACAUGGUGACUGUCAGUGUUGGUUCUACAUCUACAAUUACAUAUAAUUAUUAAUUAGUGAUAAUUAACUGGUGAAGUGGUGAAAGGAGACGACUGGAAUAUUCCCUCAUUCUGAACGAAUACCGCGGGAACUUCUUGCUUUAGUCUAAAAUAUCUGAGACAGUGCAGAGAAAAUAUUGUAGUAAAAUUCACAAAAACGUCAGA